AUGGCUGCCACACUUAGCUAUAGUCUAACGCCAACGCCUACAACCACAACCACAAUUACACAACUAAGCCAAUCGAGCCAAAACGGUUCAGCCCACAAGGCGCCGCGCGCCAUGAAGGAGAACUUUAAUGUCCAUGCGACUGUGACGCCCCUCAGUGCUCCCCUAAAUGGGGCGCAGAGCAAAGCUUUUGGCAAGAUAAUCGUCCAUAAUGUGCUCAGUGAGAGCAAUACGAAUGCCUUGCAUUUGGCAACCACUGGAUCGAACACCAUUAUUCGCAAAAUCAAGGAUUUCGGCAUGUUGGGUGCAGUUAAUAAUGCAACGGCAACGACAGCAGCGAUAUCGGCAAGCCGGCUCACUCUCAAUCGGAAGCGUCCUCUGGGCGAAUCGAAGUCGGUGAAUGAGUUGAAUAAAGGGCCACCACCCACCAGCACUGCAGCUUCCGCUUCGGCCACCAAAAAGAGCAAACUUCAGCAGCCGAAGGCAGCCAAGAAGCAAGAGAAGCAGCCACCGGCGGAGAAAUUGUCAACCAAACCAUCACUCAAGGCUGCGGCUUCACUCAAAACCCCACUAGAUGCAACAACGGUGGCUGUCAAGCCCGCGGGAACACCCGGGCGUAAAGGUCUGCCCCUGCCCCAAGCUGUGGCGCGUCGGAACGCCCGGGAACGAAAUCGCGUCAAACAGGUGAACAAUGGAUUUGCUGCCCUACGUGAACGCAUACCCGAGGAGGUCUCCGAGGCUUUUGAGGCACAGGGAGCGGGUCGUGGCGCUAGCAAGAAGCUCUCCAAAGUGGAAACAUUGCGCAUGGCUGUGGAAUACAUACGGAGUCUGGAGCGUUUGCUGGGCUUCGAUUUUCCACCUAUGGGCUGUCAUUCGACGAGCUCGUCCAGUGGAGAGGAUAGCUUCAUGUUUAUCAAGGAUGAAUUCGAUGGACUCGACGAUCAUUUCGAUGAUUCCCUAAGCAAUUACGAACUGGACGAAUCGGCAACAGCGCAACUAUUAGACAGACACGCCACCAAGGCACCCAACUCACAGCUCUCACCCACACCAAGUCAACUGUUGCCGAGCAUAACCAUGUUAAAUGGCCUGCAAUAUGUACGCAUUCCUGGCACAAACACAUAUCAGCUAUUGACGCCCGAUAUUAUGUUGGGCUCGCCGCCAAGCUCCAGUGUGGAUGAGGAGCAUUUUAAUGCCUUAAUUGACACAAAUUGCCUGAGCAACGGCAGCGGCAGCGCUGAUCUGCAUAGGACGACGGGCACAUCGUUGAAGGCACCUGCAGCUGCCGCCAGCAACGGUGAAUGUGUAAAAUUUGUGCCAGCAUUAUCGCGAUCGCCCGUGCCACAAGCGGCAGCAGCAGCAGAAGAAUACUGCGAGGGCGAUUUUAUGCACCUCAACUCAACGCCCGCCAACAAGACGCUUAGCUAUCAGCAGCAGCAGCAGCAACAACAACAACAACAGCAACAGCAACAAAUACUGUGCUCACCGGUGCUGCCCGCCUUCUAUGACAACGAGCCCACAUCCUUUUAUGAUAAUGUGGUCGUUGGUCUGCCCAGUUUCAAAAAGGAGUUCAGCGAUGUCCUUAUGGACAACUCCACGGCUACAACCACCGGCACAGGUGGUGGUCUAUCCGAUGAGAGCAUGAUCGAUGCCAUUGAUUGGUGGGAGGCACACACGCCCAAAUCCGAUGCUGGCUGUGGCAACGAUUCAUCAGCGGUGCUCAUGUGA